GACUCCCCUUCUACUGAGGGAACACUUAUUGAGGACUCACCAUUAAUGUCCCCUUCUACUGAGGACAUACUAGUAACCGAAGGCACACCAGUCAGUGAGGACACACCACGAAUGGACUACCCUACCAAGGACACUCCACUGACGGAUGAGGAGUGGCUGAGUGUGUUGGGGAGUGGGGGAUUGUCAGUGCACAGACUGGAGAGUGUGUUGUGUGAGUACGAGCGGGCAAUCCGAGUGCGGAGGGGGCACUUAUUGGGGAGGAGGGGUGAGGGAAUCCCGUAUGAGAAGUACGGUCAUUACGACAAAGUGGAGGGGGCGUGUUGUGAGAAUGUGAUUGGCUUCAUUCCUGUCCCUCUCGGAGUGUGUGGGCCUCUUCUCCUCGACGGCAGGGAAUAUAUGGUCCCUUUGGCUACCACCGAGGGAUGUCUGGUGGCCAGUGUCAAUAGAGGGUGUCGGGCACUCUACUUGGCCGGGGGGGUCACUGCUGUCCUCACCGCCGAUGGCAUGACUCGCGCCCCCGUCCUCAGGAUGCAGUCCGUCCACCAAGCCCACCAAUUGAAGGAGUGGAUUGACGCACAUUUCCCUACUAUCAAACACAUCUUCGACGGGGGCAGUCGCUUUGCCAGACUCCACACCAUUCACUCCACACAGGCCGGCCGCUUGCUCUACCUUCGCUUUACUGCCACCACUGGAGAUGCCAUGGGAAUGAACAUGGUCUCCAAGUGUGCAGAGACUGUCCUCACUUUCCUCACACAACACUUCCCACACAUCCAAGUCAUCAGUCUGUCUGGCAAUUUCUGCUCUGACAAAAAGCCGGGGGCCAUCAACUGGGGCAGGGGCAAGUCCGUGGUAUGUGAGGCCACUAUUCCUGCCUCCGUCGUGUCCUCUGUUCUCAAGACCACCGUCCAGAGCCUGGUCGACGUCAACAUGUCCAAGAAUUUGGUUGGGUCUGCCAUGGCCGGGUCGAUUGGAGGGUUUAAUGCCCACGCAGCCAAUGUGGUGACUGCUCUCUUCAUUGCCACGGGACAAGACCCCGCACAGAACGUGGGGUCCUCCAAUUGUAUCACUUUGCUCGAGUUUGGUGGCCAGUCUGGUGGGGAUUUGCUGGUGAGUUGUUCAAUGCCUUCCAUCGAGUGCGGCACAGUCGGAGGUGGCACUGUCCUCCCCCCACAAAAAGCCUGUCUUGGUUCUCGCCUUUUAUAUUGCCAGUUGUUGGGGGUGGCGGGAGCGCAUAGUUCGAGUUAUGGGGGGAAUGCACGUGAAUUGGCCAGAGUUGUGUGUGCCACUGUCAUGGCCGGGGAACUGUCCUUGUUGGCCGCCCUUUCAUCUGGCCAUCUUGUGGCAGGGCAUAUGCGCUACAAUCGAUCUCAAGCUAAUAUAAAUACUGCCAAUCAUUACUAAUUAUUUAUUUUGUCUAACCCUCCUCUGUUUACC